UUUAUCUAUAAACACGCAGCUAUUUUGGCUACGCUGAUCUCGGGUUUUGACAGCCUUAGGUAAGCGCAUGCCACACGUGCUUACUUUGUGAUCCCCGAAGGGGCAGACUCGGUUGAGAUACACACGAAUUUGCUUUCGCAAACGCAAGGUGAAUAUUAAGGAUUUUUAUUGGCCGUAUAUUCAUCAGUAAUUAUAAUGACAAAUGAAAAAUCUCUCGCGUAAUCGGUCAUCUGACAUUCCAGGUAGAGCGACAGUUCGAAAACUGGAGAAAGAAUUCUCGAACGUGUGUGGGCGCGCGCGUGUGUGUGGGGUCCCUGAUAUUUCUGAAUACAUUCGACUUUCGCGUAAACUUCGAGAGACUUUCGAUAAACACGAAUUUUAUUCAGGAGGUAUUAUACUGCUAAUUUUGCGGUCGUCUGGGCGUCGCGCCCCACUAUCAGUUUCAUCGAAAAUGUCGCAACGUACGUAUGUGUCAACAUAUUGGCUAGAAAACUAUUAAUAAGAGGGAGAUGUUCGUAUCUAGCAAGGUUUCGGCAAUAGUAUAUAUAUAAAAGGCGUCUCCUCUGCUUCGAUUUUAUAACGGGACACGCCAGCCACCAUCAGCAUCAUGAACGCCUUGGUAAGUCUUAACGAAAUUGAAUGAAGAAAUUACCGACUCACGCUGUUGCUGCUUUUCUUACAAUUUUUAUCGUGCACUUUUUAAUUGAAAAACGCCAAAUGUUUCCGCCACAUGGGCAAACGAAUUCGUUUUGAACUGCUGCCGAGAAUUAUUAUAUUAAACGCCGAUUGUGCCGCAAACGCAAGAAUCGAAUUCUGACGCGUUGUAAUUGCAAGAUGUUACACAAUCCGUCUAAUAAAAUUCCAUGUUCCUGCAAGGAACAUUUCUUCCCCCUCCCGUAUUGAUCGCAAAAGCAAUUUCUUCCAGACCGCCGCACUUUUCUGCGUGCUCGCAGUGGCUGCGCUCGCCGCGCCCCCGAAUUUCGGACAAGAUUUCAUCCCCAUCGUGGCUUCGAGCAUGGACGGACCGAAUCCGGACGGUUCAUACAGCUACAGCUACCAGACCGGAAAUGGCAUCCAGGUGCAGGAGCAGGGCCAGCUCACCAAGAUCUCCAAAGACGAGGACGCUAAUCGCGUUCAGGGAUCCUUCAGCUACACCGAUCCCGAUGGCAACCCCAUCGUCCUGAGCUACAUUGCCGAUGAGAACGGUUUUCAUCCCGGUGGUGAGCAUUUGCCGGUCGCGCCUCCGGUGCCUGAAGCCAUCCUAAGAGCCUUGGAGUACAACGCCCAGCAUCCCGAGGAGGACAAUCUGUAG